AAUGUGCCUUUCUUGUUUGUUAGAUGCCUGAAACUUGUAAUUGAUCUUCCUAAUUUUCAAUAGUUUUACGGAAUUAGAGAGGCGAUGAUCAUCCGAAUUCAUUGGCAAGGUUAAUUAUAACAUAAGAUCGAUCCACCACCACAGAAACUAUGUUGAAUCGCACUCUUCUAGACUCGAUCCGAGACGAUCCUAAUACCAGUGAAGGUAAAAAGAGCUGGAAGGUCUUCAGAGACAAACUCCGUCUUCGCCGUGCAGGAGCCGCCUGGAUCUCCAGCGUGCCGACACCUACCUCCGAUGUCAACAUUCCAACCUCCAACAGACUUGUUUCCAGGCGCGGAUCAGGUCGUUUCCCCGGCAAUUACACUUCCAACUCCGAUCUGAUGUCGAAUCCCAGCGGUGGAGCAUCAAUGAUGCGACGUAAUUCCAGCCGCCAACCCUCACUCGCCACCUCCAGGUACAAUCAUGGGAUGAGCGAGUUAACACAUCCACCAGUGGAAGGGCAGACAAUGGAGACUAUACCCAGACCACGUGUUCGAUUCCAGUUAGAUGAUGAGUUAGAUGAUGAUGAAGAUAAGGGGAGUCAUGGUGAGAAUGAUGAAGAAGGGGAGGGAGGAGAUUCGCAGCAAAGUACUUCACUGAUGUCAUUGUUGAUGGAUGGUUCGAGCUAUUUGGAUGAUGAUGAUGAGGACGAGGACGAAGAUGAAGACGGUGAGGAAGAAGAGAGAAAGAGCGAGGAAUUCAACACCUGCUGCGUAUGUAUGGUGAGGCAUAACGGUGCAGCAUUUGUUCCAUGUGGGCAUUCAUUCUGCAGAAUGUGUUCUCGAGAGCUUUGGGUUCAGAGAGGUAAUUGCCCUCUCUGUAAUGGCUUCAUUUGUGAAAUUCUUGAGAUCUUCUGAUGGGCUGCACUCCAUUGUCUUAAAAGUAAGCUCUC